CUCCAACCCGACGUUUUCCUACAUCUACGAGAAUGGCUGACACAAAGACUACUACUGUGCUUCCAAAGCUACCUCUCCCCCUUCCACAAGUCAAGAAAUCGCAAAACAUCACGCCUUUACAAUCACUCCUUGCUGGCAGUAUAGCGGGAGGCGUGGAGGCCUCAAUAACAUAUCCGUUUGAAUUUGCCAAAACACGAGCUCAACUCAAAGUCCCUUCCAACCUCCCCACAGCCAGUCCGUUCCGUCUACUCCAACAAACGGUAUCCAGCGAAGGACUCGCCGGACUGUACACUGGAUGUGGCGCUCUUGUGGUCGGCACCGCCUUGAAGGCUGGAGUACGCUUUACAACCUUUGACGCAAUCCGAAAUGCACUCGCCGAUGAACAAGGACGUCUAUCAUCCGCCCGGGGAGUCUUCGCUGGUAUGCUCGCCGGAGCCACUGAGAGCGUCAUCGCAGUCACACCGACGGAGAGGAUCAAGACUGCAUUGAUCGACGAUGCAAAGGGUGCAAAACGGUUCCGGUCAACGAUGCAUGGCAUCUCGAUCCUGAUCCAGGAGCAGGGCCUUGCCGGAAUCUAUCGAGGUCUGGUCUCCACUACAGCGAAGCAAGCCGGUACCUCUGCCGUCAGGAUGGGAGCAUACAAUGCAAUGAGAUCCCAAUACCAAACCCGGUAUGGCACGCCGCCCGUUCGAGUGUACGAGACCUUCGCCAUGGGCGCCAUCGCAGGCGUGGCGACGGUAUAUGCAACGCAACCGCUAGACACGAUCAAGACGCGGUCUCAGAGUGCC